AUGAGACACACCGCAUCAAUCAUUGAAAAAGAUUCAACAUUAUCGGAAAAAGCUUUGAUGGUGUAUUACAAGCUUCAAGUAUUUGAGGGUCGAUUUAAGGAGAUCGAAGAGGAGGAAAAUAAAAGGCUUAAAGAAGAAAAUAUAAGUGCAAAGACUGCAGAUAGUGAAGAAAUGCAUAAGAUGUUUGAAUUUCAGAUGAAAUUGCAUCAGGAAAUACUUGAUAAACAGAGCAAGGUGGACACUAAGAUGUCGGCAGUGAAAUUACCGAAACUAGAUAUACCAUCAUUCAAUGGAAACAAAUUAUACUGGAUAGAAUUUUGGGACUCCUUUGAGAGUGCUGUACACAAGAAGGAAGGUCUUUCCGGAAUUGAUACAUUCAACUGCCUUAAAAGUAAGCUUACGGGUGAAGCAAGGAUCGCUAUCGCCGGUCUGUCAUUGUCAAAUGAAAAUUAUGAAAUAGCUAUCCGUACAUUGCAGGAAAGGUUUGGUGACAGCCCAGAAGUAAUUGAUCUGCAUUAUAAAACAUUGUUAGAUAUUGUCCCUGCAAGAAAUUCAACGGAGAGCUUAAGGCACUUCCUUGACAAAAGUGAGAAACGUCUUCGAAGUCUUGAAGAUCUGAAACAAGAUACAAAUCAAGAGGUGUUUGUUUCAAUGAUAAGAAGGAAAUUACCCUCCGAUGUUCUUCUUCAGCUUGAAAUUAUGAAGGGAGCUGGUAGCAAGUGGUCCGUAUGUAGGCUUCGUGAUCUGUUACGUCAAUAUAUCGUGGCGAAAGAAAAGGCUGAAAAAAACUGA